CAUCUUUCUCGUUUGAUCAGAAGCUGCAGAACUAAUAGAGUUGUCACGCAUUAAUUCAGAAACAUUUGUAACACAAGUGGUGAAGAGUUAGGUGCAAGUUAUGGAAGGCCAAAGCAGCAACAAACGCAAAGCGAUAGCUGAACCUGAGUGGGACUAUGAAUUCAGUGCACUUGUUGUAGAAGAAGAUGCGGACGUGAGAAUGGCUCACAAAGAGAUUUUGACAUUAGUUGGGGCGAGAACUUGUGAUACUGUAGGAAAUGGCCAAGAAGCCGUGAACCUUCAUCUCAAUGGCAAAACAUUUGAUCUCAUUCUCAUGGAUUUUGACAUGCCUGGUGGUGAUGGAUUUGUGACAACAAAUAAGCUUCGUUCAAUGGGGGUUCAUAGCUUGAUUUUAAGUGUGUCGGGACCGUGCUCUCAAGAUACUGUGCAAAGAUUUUUGAAGGAAAUCCCGAUAGAUGGCCACUAUAUCAAACCCUUGACUGUUCAGAUGCUUCAAGAAGCUCUUCAAAAGCUAAACUUAAAGCCAUGAAAAUUCAACUGUGUGAUGGAUGCAGUACAAUAAUAGUGGUCUGUUUAUUCAUGCUAAUUAGCAGUAUGAACAGUGUUUGUUGUGUGUACAAAAUAAGGAGAAAAUACUCCAAAAUGACCUUUUAUUCUUUAACAAAUCUUGCAAAGUGUCCUUCUGUUUUCAGUUUCUAAGUUUUCAACUGAAAUGUAGAAUUGUAACUGAUUUUGACAAUAUAUGGUGUUCGAUCAUUUACAUUUUCAAGGAAACAAGAAUUUGGUCCAUUUGGAGCAACUCUUUGAUC